CAUGUAUAUCUAAGUGUUGCCUAGGCUUGGGUGGGAGGGGUUUUCAAUGCACCUGCCUGGGGGUGGGUUUGAGCAAGCUGGGCCUUGCACUGCUUUGGGGUUAAAACUUUUGGGUCAGUUGGCUGGGACAGGAGGGAGGGAGCCAACAGUCCCUGGAGGGCCAAAUUAAACUGGGCACCUCGGAACUAGGCUUAUCAAGGACCAUUAAAGAAGAUCCCUGCAGGAGAGGGGUCGGAGGGCAGAAAGAAAGGAGUGUUGGGGCAGCUCCUGUGGUCCAGGUUGGAGUUUGUAGGGGCAUACAGGGCAUCUCUUGUAUGGUGCCUUAAGAGGGAGUCCUCUAGGCCUUUCAGUGAUUGGCAUUUCCAAUUCUGGUGGCUAUCCUUGGGAACAGUGUCAGGAUGGAGGUGAAAUUGCUGGGGACACAUUGCACCCCCAAGAGGUUAGCCACUCCCUGUGUGGUACCCUCUGGAGACCCCCCCCACCCCCAUCCAAAGGUGAGGACAGGCCCUCUGCUGAUCCUACCCAACCUUUCUCUUCAGGGCCAGCUCACCCCUCCCGGGCCCUUUGUCACUGAGGCCCUCAGGCCCCAGUGGUUCUAGUGAGGGGAGGGCCUGAGCUUGAGCAGGGCAGCAGCUCUGGGCCCCAAACCGGUUUUCCCACCUCUACUGAGGCUGGCACAUCACCCCUGUGGUUCCCUGCCCCCACCUCCUCACAGUUCCUCCUCUCUCCACCCUGGAAUGUGGGGGUGGGGUGGGGGGUGUUGCAGGCAGUUAUCCAAGUCAUCUUUUUAAACAAGAAGGUGGAAUGACUUUCCCUUCCGUACCUCUGACUCUCAGGGAUUCCCUUAAGACCUUGAAGGCUUCAGAACUAAGUGAAAGCAAAAAAGCAGUUGGGCUUCCCAGCCCCCACUCUGGCCCCCAUCCAGUCCCCAUCUGAGCCCCGGAGGAUGAGACAAGGAAGCCCAGCCUACCCCCUGGCCUGCUCUGGAGUAAAUAUGUGGGAGCAGUAGCCUUCUCCCCAGAUGCCCCUGGCCAACCCAAGGCCCUCACCUCAAAUACCAACAAGGCAAAUACUUCCAUUUGUCUCCUGCCAACAGGAACACCUCUUUUGCUGGAACUGAGAUCAUCUCAUUAAUGAUAACACCAACUGGCAUUAAUAGGGCUCUUGCUGUGUGCCAGGCUCUAUGCUAAGUACUUUAGAUGCUCACAAAGCCCCUGUGAAGUAGGUAAAACCAUGAGAAACACAGAACAGAAAGGUUCGGUAAUGUGCCCAAAGCCAAACCACUAGUAUGUGGCAGAAGCAAGCUCUCUCCCCAGGCUGACUCUAGAAGUGCCCCUUUACUAAGGAAUUCCUAACCCUAACCAUAUUCCUAAAGGAAUUGCUUACUGACUCAGUUUCUUUUUUAAAAAAAAGCUUUUUAUUUAUUUAUUUAUUUAUUUUUGGCUGUGUUGGGUCUUCGUUUCUGUGCGAGGGCUUUCUCUAGUUGCAGAGAGCGGGGCCACUCUUCAUCGCGAUGUGCGGGCCUCUCACUGUCGCGGCCUCUCUUGUUGCGGAGUACAAGCUCCAGACGCGCAGGCUCAGUAGUUGUGGCUCACGGGCCUAGUUGCUCCGCGGCAUGUGGGAUCUUCCCAGACCAGGGCUCGAACCCGUGUCCCCUGCGUUGGCAGGCAGAUUCUCAACCACUGCACCACCAGGGAAGCCCCUGACUCAGUUUCUAACCCAUGGAAGAAUAGCUCUUGGAGAUGAGGGAUGUGGAAGUGUCUACAGGAGCUCUUGAAGCUCCUGUACCUAUAACUAACCCCUGUUCCCCCAGUCCCCAAAUACAGGGCUUUUGUAAAUACCCUUCCCAUUCUCUGUAUUACUCCUUAGGGACGGUAGGUGAGAACCAUCCCCAUUUCAUGAAGGAGGAAAUAGGGUUCAGGACUAUAAAUGACCUGCCCAAGACACUGGCCUUGAGCUCUGGUGCUCUCCCUGGGAGUCUGGGUUACAUAUAAAAUGCCUCACUGGGACACUACUUGGGGGGUGGGGGUCAGUGGUGUGGGGAUGGCCCUAUGAGCACAGAGCUUUGAGGAGGGACCUAGCAAGGAGGCACUGUCACCCAGCCUACCACACAGUCCAGAUGUGAAGCUGCUGGUGAUUAACAGUGGACCACCAGAUAAAGCUGACAAACACUGGGAUGCUGACUUCACUUGGGACUGAUUGCUAAAGGACCCUGGAUGAUGCAGGGGUUCUGGAGGCCUGGUUGGCUUUGGCAGUUCCUAGAGUGGGCCAAUGUCUGGUGAGCAGUUGGCAGAGGUGAUUUCUUGGGAGGUGGACAAGACAAACCGCCUUUUCAAAGCUGGGGCCUGAGAGGAGGUAGCUGGAGGGGGAAAACUACAACUCCCAGAAGCCCUUGCUCCCCCGGCGACUCGAGUAUGGUUGCCAUGGUUUCAUAAAACAAUAUGGCCGCUCCCAGCUGGGAAGUGAGUCUGGGUUAGAGAGGCAGAGGAGGAUCUGGGUGGCAGCAGUGGCGAUAGAGGAAGCUCUUGAGGGGUCGUGAGGUUGGGCCUGGACUCUGCACGGCUGGAACGGCCUGACCUUUCUGAGGGCGCCAAUGGCGGGCAGCGUGGACGAGGAAGCGCUGCACCAACUGUACCUGUGGGUAGACAACAUCCCUCUGUCCCGGCCCAAGCGAAAUCUCUCCCGGGACUUCAGUGACGGAGGUGUGCGCUCCAGCGUGUGUGUGUGUGUGUGUGUGUGUGUGUGUGUGUGUGUGUGUGUGUGUGUGUGUCAGACGUGUGAGCUCCAGCGUGUGUGUGUGUCCGCGUGCGCGUCUGGGUGUGUUCUGUAUGUCCUUGUGUGUCUACGCGUUCUCUGUCUGUACGGGUGUACGGGGUGUGUGUGCAUACAUGUCUCUUGUGCUUGUGUGCUUGUGGCGGCGGAGGCGGGGGUGGGUUGGUGGGAGGGGUGUCUAUCUCCUAGAACUUCAGUUGUAGAAGUGUGCAUCUUGGGUAUGUGGGCAUGUGUGUGUCCAUAUUAUGUAUACAUGUUCUAUCCUUUAUGCAUGUGGUGUGUGUGUGUGUCUGAGUCUGUGACUCCCUCCUGGGACUUUAAUGACUAAGAUGCGUUCUGUGUAUGUAUUUGUACAUUUCUGUGUGUGUGCAUGCCUAUUCUUCUAUUCUAUAUAUCUGUCUUGUGGGAGUCUGAGCAUGUGUUUGGUCAUAUGUGUGUUGACAUGUUCUGUCCUGUAUGUAUGAGUGUGGAUGUUGUGUGCAUGUUUCUUUGUGAUUGUGUAGGUGUGUGUCCAAGACUGUCUCCUGGGAUUUUAAUAAUAGAAGUAUGCACCUCUCUGUGUGUAUAUUGGUGACACUUUGUGCUUCUGUGUGUGUGUGUUGGUGACUGUCUCUUAGAACUCCAGUGAUAGAAGUAUGUGUCUGUGUAUGUUUCUGCAUCUCUGUGUCAUUUUGUGUGUGUGUGUGUAUUUAUGUCAAUUCCUAGAGUGAGGCCCCAGCCUCCUGAAGCGUUCUCUUUGAGACUCAUAGAGGACUAGAGACCUUAGUUUUUAUAUGCCCCGAGUUAAUGGCAAAGGAGUGCAGCUCCUUUGGGGUGUGCUGGAAUUUUUGUCUCUGGCUGAUCACUGAUCUUGCUUUCUUACCUCACCUCCAUAUCAUCCUUACCCCUUUCCACAUCUUCACCUCUCCGCUUGGCCCCACCGCUCUGAAAACCCUGAUUCUCCCAUCCCACCCAUUCUUUCUCCCUCCCCCUUCUUCCUUACCCAUCUCUACAACUUCCAUGUCUGCUCCCACCCCCUCUCCCUCAGUCCUGGUCGCAGAGGUCAUCAAGUUUUACUUCCCCAAGAUGGUGGAGAUGCACAAUUAUGUUCCUGCUAACUCUCUCCAGCAGAAGCUGAGCAACUGGGGUCACCUGAACAGGAGCCAGUCCACCAUCCCUGUGUCUGCCCCCCAGGAAGGUGCUGAACAAAUUGAGCUUCUCUGUACCAGAUGACGUGAUGCACAAGAUUGCACAGUGUACCCCAGGCGUGGUGGAGCUGGUGCUCAUUCCACUGAGGCAGUGCCUGGAGGAGCAGCAGAGGCGCAGGAAGCAGGGCACCAGCUCCUUACAGGAGCUGGCUCCCCAGGAUGGCACUGACUACAUAGAUGUGGGUUUGUCCCAGAAGGCCCGAGGGGAAGGUGCUCCAGACCCCCAGGGAGGGGGGCAGCUCAGGGUGGGCCGGCUGCCUGUGCCCCAGCCUCUGGGGUAUAGCCAGGCGCUGCAGGGCGACCGAAGCUUCGUCCUCCAGAUUGCUGAAAAGGAGCAGGAGCUGUUGGCCUUGCAGGAGACUGUGCAGGUCCUGCAGAUGAAGGUGAGACGCUUGGAGCACCUGCUCCAGCUCAAGAACGUGCGCAUCGAAGACCUCUCCUGGCAGCUCCAGCAGGCGGAGCGUAAGCAGCGGAGAAUGGACUGCUUUCCAGAACCUAGAAGCCACAUGCAGAGACCUGGCAUGCACCUCAAAGCAGUGCCUGACACCAGAGGGGGUUCUGCCUUGGUGCUCCCUGUGCUGGGCCUUGGGGGGUGGUCCCCCAGCUCGGUCCGCACCCCUAGAACCCGGUCCCCGCCCAGCUCUGAUGACAGCAGCGUCUCCAUCCAGGCUAGUCCUCUGUGCCCUGGGCCAAAGGGGAAGCUGCCCCAGACACCUGAGGGGCUUCCUCGCCCCUCCUGGGCACUCACCUGGGACCCAGCUGGAGGCUGGAAAGUGCAACAGCUGAAGGGGUGAGGAGUGAGCUCAGCCAGGAGUGGGGAAGACAUGGGCUGUGCUUGUUCCAAUUGCCCUCCCCUCACAGGGGUUAUGUUAAGAAUGUCUGGGCUGCCCCCAUUAAAGGUAUGCUCUCCU